CAUGCUAUCAUCUUGUGACCCGAGCGGCAUACACAAACAAAGAUAAACUCGAGAUAUAUAGCUAAGAAGUAAGCAUCUUCCCAAUAAUUACAUACUGAAUGAGAUUUGGACGGUGGGAAAUAUCAAAAUAAUUAUCAGGAAGUAGCUAGCAAGCACAAAGCAUGGCAGAGUUUGUGGUAUCAUUUGUUGUUGAGAGACUUGGGGACCUGCUAAUCGAGAAAGCCACCUUGUUACAUGGGGUCAAGCAAAACGUUGAGCAGAUCGGACUCGAACUAAGGCGGAUGCAAUGCUUCUUGAAAGAUGCUGAUAAGAGGCAAGACGAAGAUGAUAGCCUUCGAAAUUGGGUUUCCGAGAUCAGAGAAGUUGCUUACGAUGCCGAGGAUGUCAUUGGGACUUUUACCAUCAAAAUUGCAACACCAAUUUCCAAUCCACUAAAAAGGUACGCUUGUUUUUUCGACCGAGCCUCAAACCUUAAUCAAGUUGGGUCUGAGAUUGAGGCCAUCAAAGCUAGAAUCUCUGACCUUACUAGAAGUACACAAACUUACGGCUUGAGUGUUGUAAGAGAUCACCAGGGCUCGUCGAGUAUCGCGUUUGAGAAGCAAAGACAAUUGAGGUGGUCUUAUUCCCAUGUUAUUGAUGACCAUAUCGUUGGUUUACAAGGAAAUAUAAACGAACUAGUGGUGGAGCUCAUGAAUGAAGAAAAACACGGUCGAGUUGUGUCCAUUUGUGGGAUGGGUGGUUUGGGAAAGACCACUCUUGCCAAGGAAGUUUACCGCAAUGAUCGUGUUAGGCGUUAUUUUGAGGGUUCUGCGUGGGCAUAUAUAUCUCAACAAUGCAAACCAAGGGAUGUUUGGGAAGGUAUUCUGAUUAAACUAACCUCUCCGUCGAAAGAGGAGAGGGAUCAUAUUUUGAAAUUGAGAGACGAAGAGCUUGCAAAGAAGCUUUAUCAAGUUCAAAUGGAGAAGAAAUAUUUGAUGGUUCUUGAUGACAUUUGGACGAUUGAGGCCUGGAAAAUUCUAAGUCCUGCCUUCCCAUCGUCGGGAAAAGGGUGCAGCAGAAUAUUGCUUACAACUCGUAAAAAAGAUGUAGCUUCCUUUGUAGACCGAAGCGGUCUUCAUGAGCCGAGGAAUUUAACUGAAGAAGAGGGUUGGGAGUUGCUUCAGAAGAAGGCAGUUCCAAGAAAUGGUAAUCCAGAUUUUAUCAGGAGCAAAGAUAAGGAGCAGUUAGGGAGGGAAAUUGUCAAAAAGUGUGCUGGCUUGCCUUUGGCCAUUGUUGUGCUUGGCGGACUUUUGGCUACUAAAGAAACAGUGCACGAGUGGGAUAUCGUCCACAGAGAUAUUCUUUCGUAUCUAAAGCGAGCCAAAGGGGACGAGCAACACUCUACGGUACCUGAGGUUUUGGCUUUGAGCUAUCAUGAUUUGCCUUUUCAAUUAAAACCCUGUUUCCUUUAUUUGAGUCACUUUCCGGAAGAUUUUGAAAUUCCGCGGAGAAAACUGGUUCAAUUAUGGAUUGCAGAAGGCAUUGUAUCGCCACAUCAUGAAGCAGAGGGAGAUGAAACAAUAGAGGAUGUUGCAGAACGCUACUUGGGUUACUUGAUUAAUAGGUGCAUGGUUCAAGUUGGAACUCUUGGAUCAACCGGAAAAAUUAAAACUUGCCGCCUCCAUGAUCUUAUGCGUGACUUGUGUUUGUCGAAAGCAAAGCAGGAAAACUUUCUCCAGAUUAUUCAUUAUCCGGAUGAAAAUAUGGUGGUGAAUUCUUCUUCUUCUCGCAUGCUUUCUGAAACAACAUCAACUGGUAAAACUCGCAGACUUGCUGUCUUCUUACCUUCACAAGUCGAUAAUCUUAUCCCAUCCAAAUACAAAGAAGAUUCCCACCUCAGUCUCAGGUCCCUUAUAUUUUUCCAUGCAAGCAAGUGUAGAUUGGUAAAUUGGCUGCUUACAAGAACAAUUUUUGAGUUCAAAAUGCUCAAAGUUCUCGAUCUUGAAGGUGUCAAGGGACCGUAUGAAAAGUUACCUAAAGAUAUCGGGGACUUGGUUCAGUUGCAGUUUCUAAGUUUGAAGAAAACACAUAUACAAGCUUUGCCAUCAUCCAUCGGCAAUUUGAUCCACUUGAAAACUUUAAAUUUGCAAACCAUAAGUAAAUUGAGUUGGGAUCUGACAGUGCAAAUUCCGAAUGUGAUCUGGAAGAUGGAAAGGCUAAGGCAUUUAUAUCUUCCCAAGUGGUGUGGCAAUGCAGUUGAUAAGCUGCAACUGGGAAAUCUCAUCAACUUGCAGACACUUGUAAACUUUCCUGCAAACAAAUGUGACGUAGAAGAUCUUCGCAAGUUGACCAAUCUCAGAAAAUUGGUGUUGAAUGAUCCAAAACAUUUCAAAAGUUUGGUGAAAAUUUUCAGUCCCCAAAGCAGAACGUUAAGCUGCCUCGAGUCCCUGUCCUUGACAAGUGAGACACUUUCGUUCCCUGAUGAUGGUGUUGAUGUUAGACAACUAAUGUUAAGUUGUCGCCGUCUACAAAAAUUGCACGUGGAAGGGCGGAUAGAGAAGCUGCCGGAAUACCAUCAGUUCCCUCCAAACCUUGCCAAGUUAACAUUGUGGGGCUCUAACCUUGAGGAAGAUCCAAUGCCAACACUGGAAAGACUGCCUAACUUGAGAAUUUUAAGCGGAUGGCAAAUGUUCGCUGGGAAGAAAAUGGUCUGCUCUAACCAAGGUUUCCCAAAACUCAAGUCUCUACUCCUCCGAGGGUUUUCUAAUUUAGAGGAUUGGACGAUGGAAGAAGGAGCCAUGCCUAGUCUUUGUCGUUUGGAAAUAUCGAGUUGCAUCAAACUGAAGAUGAUUCCGGAUUCUCUGAGGUUUGUGAAAACACUUCAGGAAUUGGAGAUAUAUGGAUGCCUAUUCAAGGUCAACAUGGGAAGUGAAGGAGAGGAUUUUUACAAAGUGCAACAUGUACCGUCCAUUGUAAUCCGCAACUGAAGCUGAUUAGGAUCAAGGAUAGCAAUACCAUCAACAUAAGCUGCCAGAUCAGUACUACAUGAAUCUCACGGCCACUCCCGCAAAUAUAUGUGGUAAAUUUUCAUUGAUCUCAGAAAAUGAAAUAUCUUGGUAGGUAUAGUCCUCCAUGUCAUGUGCAGCGGCAGGAGGACGAGGAGCAAGAGAACUACUUGCAGUUGUCCCCAAUUCCUUGAGCUGCUUGAUGGCGUCCGCGCUCUCCUGUGACUCCAGUGCACACUCAAGUUCUACCUCCACUUCACCCAUCGUGGGCCGUUCAGCUCCUGACAGACGCACACAUCUCUCGGCGAUGUUCAUAUAUUUUCUCAAACAAUCUGGAGCUACUUUUCCCACCAGAAAUGGAUCAAUCAUAGCAGGGAAAGUAUCACCCCUUUCCACACAUUCAGGUAUAUCUGUUGAGCAAGAUUUGGCACACAAAACUUCGAAUAACACCAUUCCAAAUGAGAAGACAUCAGAUUUUUCGGUGAGUUGGCCAGUCCAUACAUACUCUGGAUCAAUAUAGCCCUUUGUACCGGCCAGCUCCGAGUUCAGUCUGAUUAAUGCAUUUGACAAGACUGGAGGACCCCUCUUAGACAACACGAAGCCUGAAAGCUUGGGGACCAAGUUUUGGUCCAAUAGAAUGUUCCAGCAUUUCACGUUUCGGUGGAUGAUCGUAUGCUUAACCCCUGCGUGGAGGUAGUGUAUUGCGCGCGCCACCCCAAUACAAAUUUUCAGCCUUUGCUUCCAAGUCAAGGGAAAGGCAUCUUUAUUUUUAAUAUUGGAAGUUUCAUAAAGAUAAUCACGGAGGGAACCAUUGGGCAUGUAAUUGUAAACAAUGAAGCACUCUCCUUUUUCUUGGCA